CCUCCUGCCACUGGCUCAGAGGACAGAGCAGCUCCCCUUCAAGUCCUGCAUCCCUGAUCUCACCAUCCAGCACCUCUUAGCGGUGCUGCCUUGGCCAGCCUUCCUACUGCUGCACUAGGAAGAAAAGACCAUUUCCACGAUGUCUAUUGAAAAGAUUCACGCCCGCGAGAUCUUGGACUCUCGUGGGAAUCCCACCACCGAGGUGGAUUUGUACACAGCAAAAGGAAUGUUCCGGGCAGCUGUUCCAAGCGGUGCUUCCACUGGUAUCUAUGAAGCCCUGGAGCUGCGUGACAACGAUAAAUCCCGAUUCCUUGGAAAAGGAGUCCUGCAGGCAGUGGAACACAUCAACAGCACUAUCGCCCCUGCUCUCGUGAGCUCUGGCUUCUCUGUUGUGGAGCAAGAGAAAAUAGACAACCUCAUGCUGGAGCUGGACGGGACAGAGAAUAAAUCUAAGUUUGGAGCCAACGCCAUCCUGGGUGUUUCCCUGGCUGUGUGCAAAGCAGCGGCUGCAGAGAAGGACGUCCCCCUGUACCGACAUAUUGCUGACCUGGCUGGAAAUUCAGAUCUCAUUCUGCCAGUACCUGCCUUCAACGUGAUCAAUGGCGGCUCCCACGCUGGAAACAAGCUGGCCAUGCAGGAGUUCAUGAUCUUGCCUGUUGGCGCUGAGAGCUUCCGAGAGGCCAUGCGCAUCGGUGCUGAGGUCUAUCACAACCUCAAGAGCGUGAUCAAGGACAAGUAUGGUAAAGACGCCACCAAUGUGGGAGAUGAAGGAGGCUUUGCCCCUAACAUCCUGGAGAACAGCGAAGCUUUAGAACUCCUCAAGGAAGCCCUAGAGAAAGCUGGCUAUACCGAUAAGAUCGUGAUCGGCAUGGACGUGGCUGCCUCAGAGUUCUACAGAGAUGGCAAAUAUGACCUGGACUUCAAAUCCCCCGAUGACCCCAGCCGCUAUAUCUCUGCUGACGAACUGGGUGACCUCUACCAGAGCUUUGUGCGGGACUACCCAGUGGUGUCAAUUGAAGAUCCUUUUGACCAGGAUGACUGGGAGGCCUGGUCUAAGUUCACGGCAAAUGUAGGAAUUCAGAUUGUGGGGGAUGACCUGACAGUGACCAACCCCAAACGCAUUGAGCGAGCUGUUGAAGAAAAGGCCUGCAAUUGUCUCCUGCUUAAGGUCAACCAGAUUGGAUCAGUCACUGAAGCCAUUCAAGCCUGUAAACUGGCCCAGGAGAAUGGCUGGGGGGUGAUGGUGAGUCACCGAUCGGGAGAGACUGAAGACACCUUCAUUGCUGACCUGGUGGUGGGGCUCUGUACUGGGCAGAUAAAGACUGGAGCUCCCUGCAGGUCAGAGCGACUGGCAAAAUACAAUCAGCUAAUGAGGAUUGAGGAGGAGCUUGGCGAUGAAGCCCGCUUUGCUGGGCACAACUUCCGUAACCCGAGUGUCCUAUAAACACUGCCCUCGGCACACUCUGGCUUGCCUGCUAAUUCCCAGUACACAGACUCUGAGUGCCCCUUAGACCACGUCCUCCAUCUUCCCCGUCCCUCUCUCUCC